UUUUCAAUAAUUGUUGUGUUGUCUAUUGCUGAGAAUGAUCAUUCUAUUUAAAAAACGUUUUAAAAAAUUUUUUAUAAAUAUUUAAUAGUUCAACAGGAUGAUUAAUUUUUCUGUGUCUUUUUAGUGUUAAUUUGUGCCAUAAUAUUAAGAUCAUAUGGUACUGGAAAUUGAGGUUAUUCAAGAGAAUAUGUUAUUUGUUUGCUCCAAUAAUACAGUUGUAAAACAUUAAAGUUUUUCUGUACUAAUACUCAGAAAAUUAACAUUAUGUUAUUUUCAACUAAGGUAUUUUAUCGAAUACAAAGAGCAAACUUACGUAAAAGAAUUAAAAAAAUUGUAAAUGUAUAAAUUAUUAUAAUCUAUUACCUUAUGUUAACAAUGCUUAAUUAAUAUGUAUAUCAUAAUAAUUCCAUUGUUAAUGUGAUAAUCGAUUUUUUUCUAUAAAAAAAUUAAAAAUGAUUAUGCUCAUUAUUGAUUAUUUUGAAUCUUUUAAAUAUAUUAUUGUACAAUAUAUAGACAUUGAUGUUACUUUAUGGUUAACAUGGUUAUUGAUGCCUUUGAUAGUUACUUUUCUACUUCCAGUAUUAAUACUUAUACUUUUAUACACUACUGCGGGGAUUUUUUAUAUUUAUAAAUUACAUAGAGUUAAGUUACGAGAAGCCUAUGGCAAAGAUUGGAAAAAUGCAGCCCGAAGUAUGGUAGCUGCACUUUGGGAUUUUCAUGGUUAUAUAUAUCAUGGAUAUGAAAUCGUUGGGAUAGAGAAUAUCCCUAUGGAUGAACCUGUUCUUUUUAUUUAUUACCAUGGUGCAAUACCUAUUGAUCUUUAUUAUUUUAUGGCUAAAAUGAUUUUAUUACAUUCUAAAGUAAUUCAUACUGUUGCGGAUAAAUUUUUAUUUAAAACACCAGGUUUUUCUAUCAUAAGUGACGUAUUGAAAAUAAUACCUGGAACGAUUCAAACAUGUUCUACUAUUUUACAAGAUGGCAAUAUGUUGGCUAUAUCACCUGGAGGUGUAUACGAAGCUCAAUUCGGUGAUUCUUAUUAUGAACUUUUAUGGAAAAAUAGAAUGGGUUUUGCAAAAGUAGCACUUGAUGCUAAAGUGAAAAUUGUACCUUUUUUUACAAGAAAUCUUCGAGAAGCUUUUCGAACCGUAAGUUGGGGAAGGAGAAUGUGGUUAAAAAUUUAUUCUUUAACACGAUUUCCUUUUGCUCCAAUAUAUGGUGGUUUUCCUGUUAAACUUAUAACUUAUGUUGGAAAACCAAUUACCUUAAAUCACAACUUAACUCCAGAGCAGGUGAAAGAAGAAGUAGCAACAAGAUUAAGAAGUUUAAUAAAGCAACACCAACCCAUUCCCGGUAGUAUUACAAGAGGGUUAUUGGAGAGAGUCUAUAGAAAUUAAUUAAUGUACUUAUUAUUGAUUAUUUGGACAUAUACAACGAAUAAUUUUUGCAUUAUGUUUCGAACAACUUUAUUGUCAACUAAAUAUGGUGGAACUAUUAUUUUAAUGAUGUACUUAUCUUAAAAAAUGUGUUUUUUAAGUUGGUUAAAAUUUUUUAGAGAUGAAUGGUGAGUCUGAGCUUUAAUAUUAAUAUUCAUAGAAAAUAAAAACUUCUUCUAAGAAAAAACAUGUACAAUCAUUUUGAAUAUACAAAAUUGUAAAAGCUAUCUAUAACAAUUCUCAGACCUCCCAAGUUUGCUCAUUAGAUUAUUUAGUACAUACUCAUAGUACU